AUUGUUUAUCAGUGCUGAUAAGCGGGGUCCAAACCGAGCCGAUAAGAGAUCAACAGUUCAACGUCAAGUAUUUUCUGCUUUGAUAGCAAGUCCAAAGCUGAAUGUUGCGCUGUUCUUUCCCCGCAACUAACCGACCUAUCCUCUCUCUGUCCGAAGUGCAACUUGUCCAUUCCCACGUCGUUACUAUCCUCUGUCUCGCUAUUGCAAGUCUUGCCAUUAGCGUUUUCCUUCAACAGCCACAACUUCAGUCUCCCCUUCAUCACCGCUUCUGUGAUUGUCAGAUUAUUCAGAGGUUGCUACCACUAUGGAAGCCAUCAACUACCUCCUGUCCCUGGAAAGUGUUAGGGAAAGAGCAAACAAGGUGUAUAGCAUUGCUGUGGAUGGAAAACUUAGGAGCUUCGAUUACCAUGAAGACCGCAUGGCCGACGCAGCGGAUUUCGUUGCGUCUCUGAUCAUGCGCGAUUUUGGGCCAGAUCGCUUCCAUGAAAUCCCUCCCCAUGGCAGGUGGCAGCACUUCGAGGCGGGUAAUGUUCCUCGCGUCACAGAAAUUUUGGACGAGUGGAAAGCAGACGGGCAGGACAGUACAGAAUGUGCACGACGUCUGGUAGAUAUGUUUCUUGUCUCUGUGCUGUUGGAUGCCGGUGCUGGUAAUACCUGGGCAUUCGUGGAACCAGGAAGCAAUAUGCGCCUGUCGAGAAGUGAGGGACUCGCAGUAGCAAGCUUGUAUAUGUUCAAAAAGGGUCUAUUCACGAACAAUAAAAGCGGAAACCUAGUGAAAGUUGAUGGUACAGGGCUACAGAACUUGACAGGGGAGCAGCUUGCAGAAGGCAUGCAAGCAACUUCGCAAAACCCCCUUGUUGGAACUCAAGACCGCGCGGCGCUUCUACAAAGAUUGGGUAAAUCACUUAUGAAUUUGCCAGAGAUUUUCGGCUCGGAAGGACGGCCUGGAAACAUUGUUGACUUUAUUCUAUCAAAGGGGAAGACAGUUGAUAUUCGCGAGCUGUGGGAUACCCUUCAGAAAUUAUUGAUACCCAUCUGGCCGUCAAAUAGAACCAUGAUUGACGGGCAUCCCAUCGGUGAUGCGUGGCCUCUAAGCACCCUAGGUGCCACUAUCGGCGACAAAAAUCCGCCAGCAGAUGUGAUACAACCGUUUCAUAAACUCACACAAUGGCUUACCUAUUCUCUAACUGUCCCUAUGCAGCGUCUACUGGGCGUGACCUGGGAAAAUCACGAUCUUAUGACGGGCUUGCCAGAAUAUCGCAACGGUGGUCUUUUCGUGGAUAUGGGUGUUCUUUCCCUCAAAUCUGAGGUAGUUAAUGCUUCCACGAAAGACGAAAAGUCAGGGCUAUGUUCGUUUGAUACUGCGGACGAUGUAAUCGUGGAAUGGAGAGCCAUGACUGUGGCACUUUUGGACAGGAUAGCUCCUUUGGUUGUUCAGCGCUUGGCAAAAGCAACAAAUCAAGCGGACUUGUCUCUUAGCAUGGCCCAGAUCCUCGAGGCAGGAACCUGGAAGGCUGGGAGAGAGUUGGCAGCGAAACACAGACCAGACACGAGGUCCAGUCCUAUUCUAGUUGAGAGUGACGGAACCGUGUUCUAGUGCUACUACACAUGAGUCCUUUACGUAGGUAGCUAUUUCUGGCAAUAGUAUACUAUAUUUACAGCUCCCUUCAUCUGGUAAUGAG